AUGAACAACAAGGAAAGCCAUCCCCAGAUUCCCCAGGUUUUCCAUUCCCUUACAACACCUGACGCUGCAGCCACCACCUCAUAUCGAAAGACCACCCCUACAAGAAAGAGGUUUAUUCCAAGACAACAUCGAAGACAGCAAGCAACAUCCGAUCUGUCACGAAAGCUUACAAUGAAGGCUGUCAAUUACGUUGGCCCUCACAAGGUCAAGGUCGAGGAGGUUGAGAAGCCCCGGCUCGAGCAUCCAGACGAUGUCAUCGUCAAGGUGACCACUGCAGCAAUUUGCGGCUCUGAUCUACAGUAA